GUUUUUAAACGAAGAAGCAGCAUUUGAGUGGUGGUGGGCGCGUUUGGUAUCUCUGCAGUUGAAAUUUGUUAUUUAAUUCGACCAACAGCUGCCACAGCCAUCAUGAGUGAAUUCAGGAUCCACCAUGAUGUGAACGAGCUGCUCAGCCUCCUGCAGGUCCGAGGAGGGGAUGGGGCGGAGGGAUAUAUCGACCUGCUGCAGAAGCACAGGACUCCUUAUGUCACCACCACAGUCUCUGCUCACAGUGCCAAGGUGAAAUUAGCAGAGUUCUCAAAAACCCCUGAAGACUUUCUGAGGAAAUACGAGGAGCUGAAGUCCAAAAAUGUCCGUAAUCUUGACCCUCUGGUAUAUCUGCUCUCCAAACUUUGUGAGGAUAAAGAGACACUUCAGUCUUUACAGCAGAAUGCCAAAGAGAGGUCAGAGUCUUCAAACCCAACCACUGCGACCAGUUACUCUCUGCCUCAAACCAGCACAAAGAUGUCCAUGCAGGAGCUGGAUGAACUGCGGAAGAAGCUCGGCAACGUGACGGCCAGCUCCAACGCCCCUUUGCCUGCUGAAGUCACACGGAAGAUGCUGAGAGACAAACACAACAAGAAGAACCCCACACAGCCCAACCCCGUGUUUCCUAACUGGGUCUACGACCGUCCCGCUCUCAUCGGAGACUUCAUCACCAGCCCUGCUCCUGCAGAUCAAGCUGUCACCAUCGGCACGUUGCCCCUCCCCUCUCAGGAGCAGUUUGUGGUUGAGGAUCUGCUGUUCGUCCUGGUUGGGGUGGAUGGACGAGACAUCACCGCUCAGCCUGUCCUGGGGAGGCAGAACCGCUCUUUUAUAGUUGAUGCAUCGCUGGACAUGUCCAUCAAGGAGCUGGUUAACAGAAUAUUGCCAGUCGCAUCAUAUUACUCAACUAUAACACGGUUCAUUGAGGAGAAGUCGUCCUUUGAGUACGGCCAGGUGAACCACGCUCUGACGGCGGCGAUGAGGACCCUGAUGAAGGAGUACCUGAUCCUGGUCACUCAGCUGGAGCACCUCCAGCGGCAAGGGCUUCUGUCUCUGCAGAAACUCUGGUUCUACAUCCAACCCACCAUGAGGACCAUGGAGAUCCUGGCGUCUAUCGCUUCUUCUUUGGACAAAGGGGAAUGUAUGGGCGGAGCGACACUAAGCCUUCUUCAUGACCGGACCUUCAACUACACGGGCGAUAGCCAGGCUCAGGAGCUGUGCCUCUACCUCACUAAAGCAGCCAGCGUCCCGUACUUUGAAAUCCUGGAGAAGUGGAUCUACAGAGGAAUCAUCAAGGAUCCCUACAGCGAGUUUAUGGUGGAGGAGCACGAGCUGCAGAAGGAGAAAAUCCAGGAAGAUUACAACGACAAAUACUGGGAUCAGAGAUACACCAUCGUACAGCACCGGAUCCCCUCUUUUCUUCAGAAAAUGGCCGACAAAAUACUGAGCACAGGAAAGUACCUGAAUGUGGUGCGGGAGUGCGGCCGAGAUGUGACAUGUCCGGAUGCCAAGGAGGUGCUGUACACUCUGAAGGAACGGGCCUACGUGGAACAGAUAGAGAAAUCUUACAACUACGCCAGCAAGGUCCUGCUGGACUUCCUCAUGGAUGAGAAGGAGUUGGUUUUACGUCUCAGGUCAAUCAAGCACUACUUUUUAAUGGACAAAGGAGAUUUCUUUGUGCACUUCAUGGACCUGACAGAGGAGGAGCUAAAGAAACCGGUGGAUGAUAUUGUUCCUCCCCGACUUGAAGCACUGCUGGAGCUGGCUUUGAGGAUGAGCACAGCCAACACCGACCCCUUCAAAGAUGACCUGAAGAUCGACUUGAUGCCUCAUGAUGUGAUCACUCAGCUGCUGCGCGUGCUCGCCAUUGAGACCAAGCAGGAGAAGGCCAUCAUCAACGCGGAGCCCACCGAUGGGGCCCUUAGCGGGCUGGAGGCCUUUUCCUUCGACUACAUCGUCAAGUGGCCGCUGUCGCUCAUCAUCAACAGGAAAGCUCUGACCAGGUACCAGAUGCUUUUCAGACACAUGUUUUACUGCAAACAUGUGGAGCGGCUGCUGUGCAACGUCUGGAUCAGCAACAAAGACUUCAAGUUGUAUUCUUUGCCUUCUGCUAAAUGGUUUUCAGCUGCGUUCGCCCUGCGCCAGAGGAUGCUCAACUUUGUUCAGAACAUCCAGUACUACAUGAUGUUCGAGGUGAUGGAGCCGACCUGGCACGUCAUGGAGAACAACCUGAAAACCGCUUCGAACAUCGACGAUGUUCUGUGCCAUCACACCAGCUUCCUGGACAACUGUCUGAAGGACUGCAUGCUGACGAACCCCGAGCUGCUCAGGAUCUUCUCCAAGCUCAUGUCCGUCUGCGUCAUGUUCACUAACUGCAUACAGACAUUUACCCAGAGCAUGAGGUUGGAGCGCCUCUCCCACGAACAGGGAGCGGUUUACAGACCUGCAGCUGCAAACGAACAGCUGGAUGAGAGGGAGAAAAAGUUUUUAGCCGAGGACGGCCUUCAGUCAGACGCCAGCUUCGAAGCCACCAUCGGGAAGUUCGACAGUAACUUUAGCAUGAUGCUGCUGGACCUGCUGGACAAGCUGAGCAUCUACAGCACCAACGACUGCGAGCACAGCAUGAUCAGCAUCAUCUACAGGCUGGACUUUAACGGAUUCUACACAGAGCGGCUGGAGAGGAUGGCUGUGGAGCGCAGUCAAAAAGCUGCAGCGUAGCAUGUCUUCUGGGUUUGGAAAUAAAAUGUCAUUCUGCAGUAAAAGGACCUCUCCUCAUGGCUGUGCAUCACUCAAACCGCACCCUUUAACCGCGGUGCAGACAGCUGCAGCUUUUAACUGCUGAUACAUCCAUGUGCAUAUAUAUACAAUAUUGUAUGAAAUUUAGUUUUAAUGUGCAGAGUCCUAUUAAUGCUUCAGCUUUGAGAAAUGUAACUCAUUGUUGGUAACUUAUUGCACCUGUAUAGUGGAAUUGUGUAUUUGAAGUGAAAUAAAACUUGUGAGCAAAAUGCA